UCAGACAGCUCUGUCUGUUUUCAAAAACAAAACUUUCGAUGCACGUCAUAAGAGUGAGAAAGAAAAAAGGAAGUUCCUCAGUUUGUGGUAACAGGCACAUGGCAAACAGAUCUUUUGUCACAAGGUUAGUGACAGAUAUAACAUCAGCAGAGAAUUUGGGGUCAGACCUGCCAAAGCUACAGAUACACAAAGUGAGAGAUCACACAACAUAAUGCAAAAAAUAUCCUGGCUAUUGUUGUGGCAUCCUCAUUCCAUGGAAAUGAAAGAAAAAGACCAGGAGGUCACAGAAGGCAAGGAUCAUAAGAAGAAAAGCAAAGUUUUGGGUGCAGAACUGAAAAACUAUUUGCUGUCUCUUGUGCCACACAUAGAAUCAACUGACAUCAAAUAUUCUACCUCCAAAGAUGUAAUAUUCCCUGCUGAAGAAGUUAUACAGUGGUCCCAGUCUCUGGAAAAGCUUCUAGCAACUCCAUAUGGUCAAGAAGCAUUCAGGGAGUUCCUAAAGUCUGAGUUCAGUGAUGAAAACAUUGAAUUCUGGCUGGCUUGUGAAGACUAUAAGAAAACUCAAGCUGAUAACUUACACAGCAAAGCAGAGAAGAUUUACAAGGAAUUUGUUCAAUCUAAUGCCAUAAAACAAGUCAACAUUGACUUUCACACAAGGAAAGACAUAGCUAAGGAGGCUCAAGAUCCGACACCUUCAAGCUUCAAUGAGGCCCAGAGACUUGUUUUUGUGUUGAUGGAGAGAGAUUCAUAUCCAAGAUUCCUCAAAUCCAGAUUCUACCGUAAUCUGCUUAGUAAAGUUGAAUGCAACAGUCUCAAGUGAAGACCCUGGAGAAGGCCAAGGUUGAGCUAUGAAGAUUUUUUGAUACUGAAAGCAGUUUGUGUAUAUAUGUAAUAAUACACAAAAUGGAACAGUUGAAACUGGGAAUAAAAGGAGAAGUUGGAACUGGCAAUGUCAGAUCAUCCGCAUGAACUCUGCAGACAGGGGUGCCAAGGAAAUUUCUUCCAAGAAGUAGUACAUGGAAGAAAGCACCAUUAAGCUAAAGACUAUUCCUUAUGUUAUUGCCUCAUUUCUCAGGAAUAUUAGUGGGGAACAUGAUGCAUCUACCCACAUUCUUGCAUUUGAGCCGUGUUGUUCAUGUCACAGUUAUGUCAAUCGUUUAGUUUCUUUACUGUAUAGUUUACAGCUAAAUGUACAAACUGACUCCUUUGAAAAGCAUUGUUGAUGAAAUCUGUUUUUGUAUAAGAGGAUAUAUGCAAAUCCCAACUGCAAAGCAUGGAAGAUAGCAUCACCUCAUAGCACUUCAUUUUGUUCUGACCAAAAGAUAUGUGUCCUUUAUCUGCUUUUUGUGAGCUGACAUUGAAAACAAUUUGCUUCUCUAGUGAGACAAGAGUGUAUGGCUUGACCCUGAACUGCAGACAUGACUUAUUCAUCUUUCCAGUUUCCAUCUUCUGGAGAAAUGGUGCAUUAGGUUUUGUUCAUUUCCACUGGGCCCUGCUGCUUUUAAAAAUAAAUUAGAGGAAGUCAAAUUGUGACAUAUCAGGUUCUUGUAUCUGGUAUAAGUCUUGGAUGUUUAGUGCCUGAUGGAAAGCUCAUUGGCUCUAAACAAUGUGGACAAGUUUCCUGGAUGGAUUAUAGAAUUUCACAUUCACUACCAUCAGGUUCAGCUUGUCCAUGUGCUAAUGUGCUUACAAGAUAAUUGAAUGGAUCCCUUAAUUUUACUCCAUAACAUGAGACAAAACCAGUCUUUCAAACUGAACACGGAUUUGUUCCUGAGAUAAGUGAAUGUAAAGGCAUUCACAGAAGAAAUGUUUUCCUGUUCACUUUCAUCACUGGUAAAACUUCUUAUUUUAAAAUCCAAAAUAAUAUGUUUAGGAAUUAAAACUAUUUACCAAAACAGCAAUUAUGGCACCAAGUGUAAAUCCAUUUGAUUUAUGAUUCAUUCAGUAAUGUGUGAUUUCAGAAUACUCGGUGUUCUGUAUUGUUUCUUUGAAUCCCAAUAGAUUGGAAUCCUGUAGAUAUAAGCUGGUAUGUGAAUAAUCCAAUUUUAGCAGUUGAUAUGUCAUAUAGUAAUAUUUAAUUUAUUGCAGAUUGUAAAUUAAUUGCAAAUAACUACAAAAUUACAACUAUUUUACAAAUUG